CAGGCGCCGAAGGACAGCACGCCCAUGGGCUGUCCCUGAUAAGCGCUAGUCAAAAAAUAUGAAACAAUGAAUCCGCGCAAGUGACGCAGAGAUUUCCCCCCGCCAGGCAGACCCCGGUUCAUUAAAAUAACGGCGCUUCCCGCUGGCGGCUGGCUCAACGAGGGAGAAAAUUAGCACAGGCUGGGAAAGCGGCUACCCCGAAAUCGUCAAGGAGAACGCGCUGUUCGAGCGCUACUACCGGGAGCUGCGGAUCGUGCCCGAGGGCGAGUGGGAGCCGUUCAUGGCGGCGCUGAGGGAGCCGCUCCCCGCCACCCUGCGCAUCACCGGCUACAAGAGCCAUGCAAAAGAAAUUCUGCACUGCUUGAAGAACAAGUAUUUCAAGGAGUUGCAGGACCUGGUAGUUGAUGGGCAAAAAAUUGAAGUGCCACAACCACUAAAGUGGUAUCCGGAAGAGCUAGCAUGGCACACUAACUUGAGCAGAAAAAUCUUGCGGAAGUCACCACAGCUGGAAAAGUUUCAUCAGUUUCUGGUUAGCGAGACAGAAUGUGGAAACAUUAGUCGUCAAGAAGCUGUCAGUAUGAUCCCUCCUCUGCUGCUUAAUGUUAAUCCUCACCAUAAGAUUCUAGAUAUGUGUGCUGCACCGGGGUCUAAGACUGCGCAGCUCAUUGAAAUGUUGCAUGCAGACAUGAAUGUUCCUUUUCCAGAGGGGUUUGUAAUUGCUAAUGAUGUUGACAACAAGCGCUGCUAUUUGCUGGUUCAUCAGGCUAAGAGGUUAAACAGUCCUUGCAUCAUGGUGGUAAAUCAUGACGCUUCCAGCAUCCCUGCUCUACAAAUAGACAAUAAUGGAAGAAAAGAGGUCCUCUUCUAUGAUAGGAUUUUAUGUGAUGUUCCCUGCAGUGGAGAUGGAACCAUGAGAAAAAACAUUGAUGUGUGGAAAAAAUGGACAACACAAAAUAGCUUACAGCUACAUGGAUUGCAAUUAAGGAUUGCAACCCGUGGUGUAGAACAACUGGCAGAAGGAGGUAGGAUGGUCUAUUCAACAUGUUCAUUGAAUCCUGUUGAAAAUGAAGCUGUGAUUGCAUCCCUGCUGGAAAAAAGUGAAGGUGCCUUAGAACUUGCUGAUGUCUCUUCUGAGUUGCCAGGCUUGAAGUGGAUGCCAGGGAUUACACAAUGGAAGGUAAUGCUAAAAGAUGGACAGUGGUUUGAAGCCUGGAAGGACGUGCCUUCUAACAGGCAGACCCAAAUUCGGCCCACCAUGUUCCCAAUAAAAGAUGAAGAAAAAAUGAAAAUAAUGAACCUGGAGCGUUGCAUUAGAAUAUUGCCACAUCACCAGAAUACUGGAGGUUUCUUUGUAGCUGUAUUAAUAAAAAAAUCGCCAAUGCCAUGGAAUAAACGCCAAUCUAAGCUUCAGCGCAAGUUAUCACAGAGAACAGGAGACAUUUCAGCGAGUGCAGCUGCUGCAGAAGAUGGCUCUGUAGAGAUUAUUGAAGAACCACCAGAUGCUGAGGAUGAAGAGACUAAGGAAACUCAACACUUGCUGAAUGCAGAGAGUGAGCAAAGCAAGAAAGAUGGAGUAUGUGGACCACCACCAUCUAAGAAAAUGAAGCUGUUUGGAUUUAAAGAAGAUCCAUUUGUGUUCCUGUCUGAAGAUGAUCCAUUGUUUCCACCCAUCCAGAAGUUUUAUGCAUUGGAUCCUUCAUUCCCCAAGAUGAAUUUACUAACGCGAACUCAAGAAGGAAAAAAGAGGCAGCUAUACAUGGUUUCUAAGGAGCUAAGGAAUGUAUUGCUGAACAACAGUGAGAGAAUGAAGGUUAUUAACACUGGGAUAAAAGUCUGGUCUCGCAACAGUGAUGGUGAACAGUUCGGCUGUGCCUUCAGACUAGCACAAGAGGGAAUAUAUACACUGUACCCAUUCAUUAAUGCAAGGAUUAUAAAUGUGUGCAUAGAAGAUGUUAAAGUGCUGUUAACUCAAGAGAAUCCAUUCUUAAGUAAAUUUAGCAGUGAAACACACAAACGGGUCAAAGACUUGGCAAUGGGGAGCAUUGUCCUGAAGUAUGAACCAGAUCCCAGAUUUUUUAAUAGAAAACCUGAUACCCUUCAGUGCCCUAUUGUUCUGUGUGGCUGGCAUGGAAAGACCUCACUUCGUGCCUUUGUGCCCAAGAAUGAGAGACUUCAUUACCUGAGGAUGAUGGGAGUUGAAGUGUUUAAAGCAAAGAGGAAAGAGGAGAAUUUUGAAAGUAAAACAGAGGAAGGAGAUCAGGACAGCACAAAGCACAUGGAGGAAGAGAUGGAUAUGGAACACAAUGAAUUAGCCACAAAAAUGGAGGCAGAAGUGGACGAAGAACCUAUUCAUGAGCUUAUGGAAAGCAGUGUUAUAGAACUAGAGAAUAAAAUGGAAAAUGUCCAGCCUUCCACUGAAAAUGCUGAAAAUAGAGACAUUGCUGACCUUAGUAGUGUGAAAGCUUGAGUUUUCACUGUCUGUCAUUUUGGUGUUACUUUUAUGAGAUGUAAUCUAGACUUUUGUCUUCAGUAUGUAAAUACACUUUUAAAACUGUUUCUGUUUCUUGGGGGAGGUUGAAAUGUUGGCAUGAGGUAUUCUUUUUACAGAAGGUCCUUCCUGUUUUAUUUUUUAAAUAAAAAAAAAUCUUCCCCUAAGAGUCUUUCUUAUUCUUCCCAUUUAACUCUAUAGCAUUGGUAAUGUGGUAUGUCUGUUGCCGGUGAUGGACUAUGCACCAGUGUAUAGAGAUUGAUUUUUCAAAUAUGAAUUGUUUAUUUAAUCUGUAAAUCCUGUCUGAGUUUGUCUUGAUAGGAUCAUUUUUGAAAGAAGAUCAAUAGGUUUUCAUGGAAACAUAAUUACAUGAAAUUGCAUGAGGUUUUCAGGGAAACAUAAUUACAAGAGAAGUAAUUUUCCUCUAUAGUAAACGAUACUAAAUAGGCUGUUGUAAAGUAUCAAACAUAUUGGGCCGAUGUACCAACUAGUACAGUUACCAGAAAAAUUACUCUUAUUACUGAGUAAAUUCAAAGUUAUAAACAAGACACAACCCCCCAAAUAGGAAAUACUCAUUGUACAAAUAUAUAUGUUCUGUAUGUGCAAAAGUCCUAGAUGGAAAGGCAGUUUCCCAAGUUUGAGAGCCAGUUAAUGUCUGUGUAACAUUUCCAGCUCUUGUUGGGUGAACAUACAGUAGCAAUGUCCAGGAACACUAUUGGUCAUGUGCCUGGCUGGGAAACUGCAGCCAUCUCUUCCUGAUGCCUACCAUGCUUUUGUAAUCCAUGCCUCUGUCACUUCAAGACUAGACUGCUGCAUUGCACUCUACCUGGGCACUAUACCUUAUGUGUACCUGGAAACAAGCUGCCACAGAAGGCAAUCCUAGGUAAGCAGUGCUUCCUAGCUGGAGCACAUGACACCAGUGUUCCAAAAUCUGUGUUGGUUGCCUUAGUGGGUAAUUAUGGGUGGAAUUUAAAGUGGUGGGUUUGAUACACAAAGUACUAAAUGGCUCAGAGCCACUUUUACGAAUUCAAUGAUAGCCCACAGCUAUGACUAACUGAUCUGUAAUCUCAACGACAUUAUCAGACUAACAGUCUCUAUUUCAGUUUUGUACAAUUUCAUAAAGAAUGUCCGAUCUUCUGACGUGUGAAAGAAUAGAAAAGAAAAAACAAAGUGGGUGAGUUAAUGCCUUUUAUUGGACCAACUUCUGUUGGUGAGACAGACAAGCUUUUGAGCUAUAGACGGCUGCUCUUCAGGUCUGGGAAAGGUACUCAAGUGUGGGGGUUUUUGUUCAUUUUUUUUAAAGUCUCAUGUAGUAACAAACUUUUCUCUUAAGAAUCUAUGAAAACAGUUAAGAAAACUAUUCUCAAAGCUCAUAUUUCAUUUGUUAAAGAUGAGUCCAUUUUGGAAAUGAAAAGCCUGCUAAAUAUAUUUUAAAUGAAAGUUAGGAUUCUUUCCUCUAUUGUUUGAUCAAAUCAACUUGAAAUUGGCUAUGCAACUUUUGGGCAGCUUUAUAAACUGGAAAAAGACUUAGCAGAGGUUUCCUUGAGAGAGGUUUGUAUGCCAAGAACUGCCAAAUAAUUUCCUAACUCUCUGUAAUUCUCUCUUUUAGGGUGACUUGGGUUUCAUGUUGUUUUAAUAUUGGCAUCCAGUCAGUUCAUAUUUGCUCGUCUGCAUUUGAGAAUUAAGCAUUUGAUUUGAGUGGAAGGCAGGGGUGAAAUAUUUGUUGUAUUUUUGAACCUUAAGGUCUCAUGUACAAGUCCUGCAAUGUCCUCUCCCUGUAAUAUAGUAACUCUUAUCCAGUCAAUACUGUUGAUCAAAGCUGUUAGAACACAGUGUAGAAAUUCACCCGCUCACAUUCUCAUUUGUCAGUAUGGUUUUUUAUUUUAAUGAUGCCUGCCAUUAUGUUGCUAUCUAACGAAAAGACACCCAUGAGCAGGUUGCAUGAGCUGUUAGGAUUGACUGACUUUGUCAACAAGUUCGCAUCGGCAUUUUUUUCCUGUUUACAUCAAUAAAAGAUUGAUUUUGGUUU